AGCUUUCAAUCUGCGUCGAAGCGUCGCGGUAAACAGUAGCACAAAGUAGAGAGGCGUCAAAUAGAAAAAUGUGUUGAUAAAGAGACGAAUGCCGAAGGGAAUCGUUAAAUACUAUACCUAAUAAUAAUAAUUAUAAUUUAAAGUGCAUAUUUAUAUUUAUUUGCCGCGUGUGCCCAGAUAUUUGAACGACCUAGAUAACCAUUUGCAAUGGCUGCAAUGCAGUCCAGUAGCCGUCCCCGUGAGCGACUGCUCUAUGCCUUUCGUGGAUGGAUUGCGUUUGUUGCAUUUAUGGAUCUGGGCACAGCGUUCCGAAGCUAUAUAGAACGCCGCAGUUUCCUAGGUGAUCACAGCGAUACACAAUUCAUCGAGGGUGAUUAUACCAUUUCCCGUAUAAUUGGAAUGUACUGUCUUCUAAAGGCAAUAGCUUUGGUGCACUGUACCCUAUACAUACACUAUAGGCCCGUUGUCAGCAUGGGCGGUUGUUCUUUGGCUCUUACCAUGGUCUUCUAUGCCACCGAAGCACUCUACUUUCGUUCAAGCACUUUGAACUUUUACGUAAUCUUCCCUUGCGUCUUGAACACAAUUACUCUACUGGGCCUCAUAUAUAUACCAAAAAGACUUCGUCUCUGGGAACCCAAUAUGGAUCUGGAUGAUGAGAACUCGCAAUUAUUAAAACAAAUGACUGGUUAUAAAAGACGUCGGGCGAAAAAGCAAUAAUUUAAUAUUAAUAUUGAUUGGAAACAUCGAACAACUUCAACAGUUUGAAUUGAUAAGUUGGAGAUUGAGAUUGAGUUGUAGAGCGAUACAUAAAUCAGAUGUUGAAUCCGUUAAUGGACUGCAGUGAUGUGAUCAGAUGCAUCAAACAAUACUUAAUUAGCAAUACUAACCAAAGCCAAAUUAGUGAUUUUCUAUUAAUUAAGAACAAAGGAGUUAACCUUAACAUACAUACGUCAAUUGCUGACAUAAUCACAUAAAAACAUUUUGUACUUCCUUUUUAGAAUACAUAUAAAAUACAUUAUUAAACCAUUAGUGAGUUUAUUACACUUUUAAAAUAUGACAAUUAGAUAAUGCCAUUAAAUAUAUAAGUUCAAAGUUUAAAUUUAAGCAAAUUUAAUGUUAAACUCGAGAUAAAUGGCUUUAAAUUUACAAUCACGUUUAUAAUUAAAUAUUUAUAGUAUUAUGUGGAAUUUUUCCAUUAAACUCACGAGUAGUUAAUUGCAAUAUUUGCACGUUUGAAAAUUUAUAUUUAGAGUUAUAUUCAACGAUCAUAUACAUACAUAUUUAGCAAAGAUGCUUUGUAUCACACGUAACCCAAUAUUUAAUUAAAUAUAUUAUAACAAUAAUAGUUUUAGCACCAACAUGGCUCAUGCUUAUAUAUACUCAAUAAAAAUGAAGUUAUUCAUGCUGAAAAUUUUA